CCUCACACAGGAACCAUGAGCAUCUGCGGCAGCUACUGCGCUUCAUCUCGGCUUGUCCUAUUCGCUGUUCUGGCCAUCUGUUUGGCUUUUGUGCAGACAGAAACAGUGGCCGAUUCGUCCCCUGCGCUGCAGAAUGACAAUCAGGACACGCUGUCUGGUGCAGGCGCUUUUGAUAUAACAACAAAGGGCCCCGUCCAUCACGUGACAGAAAACUCCAUCACCUUUGACUAUGAAGACUCUACACCCUCUAUUACCCUGGGCGAGGAAGAAGGUGUGCUGGGGCCUGGUGCUAUUACAGCUAUAGUCAUUGCUGUGUUUCUCGGAGCUUCUGUUCUUCUGGCUCUCAUUGUCAUCACACUCAGAAAGUUCACUGCCUCCUAGAAAGUGCAGGGAUCUCCUUCUCCCAAUACCAUCUGUUUAAUGUUUUUCAUUUAUUUCCUCUGCAUCCUCUGAAGUAUAGUUUCAGUGUCUGAUUGACGGCAGGUCCCUCAUGAAACUGCUUGCUCUUUACUGUUAGACCUGAUUUCUACUGUGAGGGAAGACAUGGAAAACCAGACUGACACUGAUAUAAAAAAUUAUGAAAUCAAUUUGUGAUCAUCUGUUGAAACACACAUUGCCAAUUUAUCUUGUAACAAGACCUAGACUGAAAGACUUUAGAUUAUAGAUCUUAAAAGGAAAUUAUUAUUGAUGUUUUAAGAGACUUCACCAGAUAUUUACUUUUGUUUCAUCUACAAUCCAUGUGUAACUAUAGUUUUUUCCCUAAUCUAUACCAAGUUCCAAUUUUCUUGUCAGUAUGAUGUGUGUAAAAUGAACACUUCCUUUAGAGUCUGAGUGUGUGUGUUUGCCAGAGUGUUCGUUUGAGGAAAAGCAGAUGAUUUAGGCCUGUAUACUUUUUAUUAUGUUUAGUGUAAUGAAAUUGUAAGCAUUCCAUGUUGUAACCCUCUAUUUAUACUGUC